AUGUUGAAAUCUACUGCAAGGCACCCUUGCCUGCAAGCCCAUGAUAGAGUCGAAAAGCUGAAAGAGAUGCUGGCAAACCUGCCACCGUCCAAUCGCGGAGACCAUGCCAAAAGAGACGCCCGUCGAUGGGUGCAGAACUCUUUCGUCUUCAAAGUGAAGCCGUUCACAAGAGUCGCCAAGGAGACACUGGAUGAGCUGCAGCGUGACGGUGUGAAUCCAGUGCGUCUCACGGAGGAGGUGACACCUCAAUGGGCGGUUCUGCCUUCGUGCAUCUUCGAAGACAUCAUCGAGAUCUUGGAGAUCGUGAUCCAGUCCAACCCGCAGCAAAAGCCCUCCUCGGAGCUUUUCCUGCAUCUGGACCCGACGCUUUUGCUCUACCUUGUGACCUUCAUUCUGGGCAACGGGCAGCAUGUGAAGAACCCCAACCUGCGCGGGAAGGCGGCAACGAUCCUGAAGGGUCUCAUCGGGAACCCCAGCUACUGCCACCUCGUCGAGAAUUCCCCGGUUCUGAUCUCCGGCAUCAUUCCCGGGUGCAUUCGCGUCUUCACGGCCGUGGAGAAGACGAAGCAGUCAUACUACGACAUCCGAAUGCAGCUGAAGUACCAGCUGCGGAUUCCCAUCAUGGAGCUUUUCGAGCGAACUCUUCCUUUGGAGGCCCACAAGAAGGCCUUAAAGAGCUUCGCCGCGGAGUUCCCGGAUGAGUUCCUCAAGUUUCUCAACAACUUGAUGAACGACGCAACCAUGCAGUUGGAGGAGGGCAUGGACACGCUGAUCGAGAUCCGCCGCCUGAAGCGCGAAGGAAAGGAGGCCUUCGAAUAG